AUGUCAUUCGGUCUUCAUCUAUUAGCGCAAGGGACAGCCAAAUCAAACGCGACCGUCCUAAACAUCCUUCAACUCCAUGUAGAUGAGAUGGAUGGAUUUGUGUCAAGAACUACGGAGGAUUUUCUCAUUAUACAGCUUGACCUACGCACUCGUAUUCAGUACCUGAGCUUACCGCUCGAAAACCUGGAUGAUUUCGACGAGAUGUUAGCAGAUCGUGGGUUCCGCUUUGCAAUGAUCGACUAUAAUGGAAAGAUUGAGCUUGCAGUUGAACGUUUUACAUUGGCGAUUAGUGAUGCUCUCCGAGACUUACAUAAGGGCAGAGAAGCAGUAGGUGCACUGUGGCAGUAUCUAGGACAAUCGACACAGGAAAGUGCCUCGUUAUCGAGCAGUUUGACUGCUAUAUAUAAUUCAAUGUUUGCGAACACUGAAGGCUGGAAUUCGGCUCUUUCGAAGCUUCGGAGAACAGGCCUUGCUCUCCAGUAUGCUAUGACUCAACUCAGCCGCGCCGUGACCGAAAUCCAGCGACGUGUGGGAAUCGCAAGCAGAAAGGAAGUGUCCUUCGGACUAAAGUCAUUUUCGCGCACCGGCUCCUUCAGGAGAUUAUUUGACCUAAGGCCGUCGGUCUCCAUGACAAACAUGGGAAAACAGUUGCCCUGCGAUCCUACCUCUGCUAAGUCAUCUUCAUGCCCUAGGACCAGUGCCGGCAGUGCCGGCAGGCUUGCCCAUCAGAAGAGCGUUCCAAACCUAAGAGCCGCAACGGCUAUUGCCCAGAAUGGUAAAGUACCUGACAGGGCGAAAUCACUGAACGGUGCCUCGUCGGGAGGCUCUGACUCGGGCUCAAUACUGCCUAAGUUCUCAAAAUCCAUUAGCAGGAGACUUUCAAAAGCCAAGCCAACGAUGAAUCCAACUGCCUACGGGGAAAUGCCAAUCCGCCCCUCCACAUCUGCUUCAAGGACACUAAAGUCCUUUAGGCAAAACAGGUAUCAUCAUCAGCCACACCAAAAACAGCAAGACCCGGUCCCGGAAGCGCUACCUCCUGGCAGAGUCAAUAGACCAAGCACAUCUAAUGCGUUGAUGAAACGGGAAACUAUGAGAGAUCAACUGUUGCAAUACUUCAAAUCCGAUCGUGUUCUCGAUGACUGGGAAAGCAUUAAGGGGGGAGGAAAGAAAGUUGUUCAGCCUAAAACCAAGAAGGUUGGACUGUGGAGUAUGUUCCAGGCGAGGCCGCUUGAUAUGCGUUCGGGCGAUCUUGCUACAGGUUCGUUCGACGUCCAGAGACAGCUGGCAUGGUUGGACGAAGAGACUAAGAACCUCAACACUUAUUCUUUGAAGCACCGGCCGGGGACUGCCCCUAGGUUCCACACUAUUUCGGAAUACUUGAGCUUCUACCAACAAGGAUUGGACCACCAGGAACAUCAACACGAGGGCGGCGAUUAUCCCGUCGUCUUGGAGGAUGACGAAUCAAUCAUAACGGCUCUUCCAGCAUUCCCGCUCCCCCCUAUCGGUCACCGUAUUCCAGAACCCUCAGCUGAAGCACAUGCAUGUUAG